GAGAGAGAGAGAGAGAGAGAGAGAGGGAGGGAGAGAGCGUGAGGAACGGAAAAAGAAAGAGAGAGGGACAAUUAGAGAUAGUGUGUAAAAGCUGUUCUGUCCGGAGCGGGAAUACAAGAAGACGAGAAAAGGUGUGAAGUGUGUUCAAGUUAAGGGGCUGCCGACUCAGGACCGGAGAAAGGAGGCAGACUGAGGGGCAGAGGACGACAAAAGACACUGCAAUUUGAUCACCAGCGCAGUGAGAAGUGAGAGUCCUUGUAACUCUUCACUUCGGUUUCACCUAGCUACUGCUGCUGUGUCUCAAUGUAGGCUCUGGUGGGUCCCCUCACCAAGGACAAGUAGCGUACAUCUCUUCUGUCUUCUCCCAGGAUUGGGCCGAGGCUGCUCUGUUCUUCACAUACAGUUGCUCUUAGUUUGCUGACGGAGACCUGCUUGGAAGACUCUUCUGAUCUUGGUGCUUGCCGUUGUGAGAACCAGUGUUUUUGUUAAUGCUCUCCCUGACCCUCUAUCUGAUCGACUCACGGCUGACUCAUUCCCACUGGGAAAUCUAUCUUUUGGGCACAGGAAACAAGAAAUCAUCUGAUGGAGCUUCAGAGGGGAACAUAGGAGCACACCAUUUUUUGUCUUUUGGAAAGUUUGAGAAAAGAUCCCCUUUAGACUCUUUGUGUACAGCAUGUACAUGUUUGGGUUGUCUAAAUAACAGCUAUGUAAAAUAGUUAAAACAGUCAUACAGAGGUCAAGAGGGUGAAGCAGAUAUAUUAAUCACCCAGCUUUGAGGUGACUCAGUGAUUGAGAGUUGCGUUCUCAUACAGCAGUGCAUGUAUUUGCCUACAGCGAAACAGGAUUGGAAUUAUCCCGAAGAGAAACCAGAUAGACUCUCUGUGUUGCCGUCACCGUAGGGACCGGUCAGACUCAGGUCUAGCAGGCACUGUGCCUCAGUGGCCUUGAGGAUAUUUGACAGUUCUGUUUGGCUUGGACACAGUGUGAGCAUCCGAACGCGCUCACCUAAAGCUGAGUCAGAAGGUCGGCUCACUGAGCCCUGUCUGUCUGCGGGAUUCUCCCCACCUGGCUCCUCCUGGCCGAGGUGAUUUCCAGAGCAGCAGUGACAACAGCGGCAGCAGUAUUAGCAGCUCCCUGCGCCACAGUGCUGUAAUUGUGUUCUGUGGGCUAUAAACACCUUGCGUCAGUCGCACCUCUCUCUCCUGAGUGAUUCACUGUUCCCUCCAGAGCACUUGGACAUAGAAAGAGAGAGAGAGAGAGAGAGAGAGAGAGAGAGAGAGAGAGAGAGAGAGAGAGAGAGAGAGAGAGAGAGAGAGAGAGAGAGAGAGAGAGAGAGAAAGAGAGAGGGAGAGGGAGGUGUAGAGCUGUUGACCACUGAAGCACAGAGCCACUGAGUUGACAAGCAGAUACGGAUCGACCAUGAGGCUGGCAAGCUUAGCGUUGAUGGCGCUGUGUUCGGUAGUAGGCAGCGUUGGCAGCAUGUCCACCUGUAAGACCCUGGACCUGGAGCUGGUGAAGAAGAAGCGGAUCGAGGCCAUCAGGGGCCAGAUCCUCAGCAAGCUGCGGCUGCCCAAGGAGCCCGAGGUGGAUAAGGAGGCGGAGGGGGAGGAGAUCCCAGCCUCGCUGGUCUCCCUUUACAACAGCACGGAGGACAUGAUCAAGGAGCACCAGGCCCAAACCUUCUCGCCCCAGCUGGAGGAGGAAGAGUACUUCGCCAAGCAACCUCACAAGUUCUUCAUGAAAACAGGCGGAAGCACGCAGCAGCAACACCAGUUGCUGUUCAACAUCACCGACAUGCGUGCGAACGUGGGCGACUCCGACCUGCUGUCCAGCGCUGAGCUCCGUCUGUUCAUCAGGAAGCCUAACAUCGAGAAAGAGCAGAGGCUGGAGCUGUACCAGGGCCUGGGACCCGACGCCCGCUACAUCGGCUCACGCUUUGUCUACAGCUCCUCGGCGGAACGCUGGCUGUCCUUCGAUGUCACACAGACCCUCAAGGACUGGCUGCAGGGCUCUGCGGAGGAGGAGGGCUUACUGCUGAAAUUGUACUGCGAAUGUGGGAAGCCGGUGGACAACUUCCAAUUCAUCAUCUCUGGCCUGACAGAGAACGACAGAGGAGACCUGGCCCCCAUUGCCAAACGCAUGCAAAAACCACACAUCCUGACCAUGUCCAUUCCACUGAACAGCAGCAGUCAUCUCACCUCGCGCAAGAAACGAGCCACCACAGCAGAAGACACCUGCACAGAAAGGACAGAGAACUGUUGCGUAAGGAAGCUGUAUAUUGACUUCCGGAAAGAUCUGGGCUGGAAGUGGAUUCAUAAACCAAAGGGUUACCAUGCCAACUACUGCAUGGGGUCAUGCACCUACAUCUGGAAUGCUGAAAACAAAUAUUCUCAGAUCUUGGCCUUGUAUAAACACCACAAUCCUGGAGCAUCUGCCCAGCCCUGUUGUGUCCCUCAGGUUCUGGACCCACUGCCAAUUCUCUACUACGUGGGGAGACAGCACAAGGUGGAACAGCUGUCCAACAUGAUUGUGAGGUCUUGCAAGUGCAGCUAGAAGCCUUGGGAGAUGUCCUUCACAAGCUCUCUGUCUCCUGAACACAAACACGCGUGGAGGACCUCAUGUGGGAGAAUGCAGAGAGGAAGAGGAGCGAGAGAGGAAGGAUGGAUGUGGAGUGAAGACGGAAAUGGGUGGACAUCAACUGUCAUCAUCUAGGUCUUAGUAGACCUGCCCUACCUGCAGUAGACCAGACUUAUUUAUUCAGCUUUUUUUGGACGAAGAAAGGACAGAGACUUUUACACAGAUAUUUUGUAUGUUUACAUAUGAAAUAUCAUGAAUAUAUGCUUUUAAAAUACAAAAUAUAUUUCAUUGACUGAAUUUAUUUAUUUGUUACUUUGGACAGAUCUUGAUUUGUUGUGAUGUAGCAACGUGUGAGCGAGGACAGCUAGGGUUUAGACUACCUUUAGAACAAGGGGCUGGGAAGAGGACUGGCGUAGGAGCCAACAGGACCAAAAUGUAACCCCAAGGACCUUACCCACAGCUGUCUGUUCAGGAUUCUCAAACCAACAGACGAACUGUCACCACAAAGCCCUGUUGUGCCGCCCAUGCGUGAGAGGACACCAAACCACACGUUCGUAUGAAAGACGCAGGACAUUUGCUGAAGGUGGUGGUGAGUCACAGGACAGAAGGGUGGUGGUUUCCUUUCCUAGGUCCUUUCCUGCUCUCCGUCCCUGCCUCCUCCGCUGCACCAGGUGUUCCUGUGGAAGAGAUCCAUCACCAGCCGCCCACAGAGACUGUCCCUGUGCUGAGGCGACUCCUUGAGAGGCUAACGCUGGUGACCAGCUCAUUGUCCUUUGGUCUCAUUCGAACCGUCCAUCACUUAGACCAGUAUUAGCCAACAUGCCUUCCAAAAAGCUGUUUUGUCUGCGAGCCUGUGUCACAUCUCUGUCUGCUGGCGUGUUCUCUGGAGAGGUUGUGCGCUGUUGAAACCGUGAGUAAUAUCGGUGGUUGUUUUAGUGGUGGCACCAUGUUUUUUCCCCUCUGGUUCAGUCUGUUUAUGUUUUAGAGGGAUAGGGGGGAUGUGGUUGUGGUGUUGAUGUUAAGGGAGCACCAUUGACUUUAUGUACACAAUUGUUUUUUGUUUUUCAUUGCUGUUGUAAAUUAGGAACAAUUUAUUGGCAAUUUAUUUAAGUACAAAGUGGACUUUUUAUGUCUUAAUUCCUUGUUUUUAGAUUGGUUCUCUUUGCACAAGAGAAGGUGAAAACAGCUUCUUCAAUAUUUCACUUUCAGCAAUGAGCUUACACAAUUCUGUCUUUAAAUUUGCACUUAUUUUGUCAUUCUCAUUUCACUGUAAAUAUAUUUUUUGGCAACUUGAAAUAAACAUUAAUGUUGUUAA